AAAUGUUUCAAAGGCGAGUUUCAAAGUGAGCCGUGAGUCACUUUAACUUUUCAGUCGAAGCUGAAAGAAUGUAGAAAACAACCUUGAUUGUAAUCCUAUUCCGAUGGAGCUGGUCAAUCUCGUAUCAAAUUGAAUCUUAUUUCUGUGUAUAGAUUUGUGAUGUCAUGUUAAUUGUAUGCCCGAGAGACAUAGAAUCUCAGUAUGGCCGAAAAUCUCAUCAACCACAACGACAUCAGUCUCUCAGCGAGUCCCAGUCCCACCAUCGACAUCCUGAUCAACGAUCGUUCAACAUUUGCCAACUGGAUCAAUUCCGCUAAUAGUCCUGUGCCCGCCUCCUCACCGAUACCUAUUGCCAAUUAUCAUAAUACCAACAUGAAUGGUUACUUUCCGGACCAGGUUGCCUCGAUGGAUAGUUUCGAAACAGCGCCAGGUCGUAACAAUAAUAUCGGAUUCUAUGUUGGCCCGCAUACACCCCAACGCCAGUUAUCCUCAUCCAGUCUGGAUCUCCUGUCGUUGUCGGAGAAUCGUACAGGUGCGACGGCGGAUGCCGCUCUAAUAGGCUCACCCACCGUGCGCACCAAGAACAGUAAUGCCAGUAGCGAAUCAUCAGCGCGAAUUGACACUUCGAUCGCGGCACCCUAUGAAUUCGCACAAGCACCCAUUGAGCGGACGGAAGAAGAUCGCCAGAUCCAGCAUCAAUUGUCGCAAGCGUUUAUUAAUUUGAAAGAAGGCAAACUCAGCCGGCGUGCGUCCAGCGAACUGCUGGAUCAGCGUGAUGGCGGUGGCAGUGUCAGUGCCUCGUAUUCGCGCAAUCUGGACCCAAAUGCGCCUGACUACCAGCGCGUGGCUAUCAGCGGCUUUGAUGAUUUGCAUAUCGCCAAAGAGUUGGCGGCGUGUGAUGAUUUGGUGCGAUGUGCGCAAGAAAUCGCUGAGGCGUUGGAUAUUCGACGGCGCUAUAUGCGUAUUGCCGGGCAAUAUUUCCCGCCGACAGUUGAUCGAUACUUGGAAGCGUACAGGAACCAUCGCCGCUCACCGAAGCCGGCGGCCAGAGAAAUGGAGUUUAGAAAAACGAUUCAAGACCAUCCUAUUCAUCCGCCGACGUUCCACGGAAAGUUUUAUAGUCAUCCCGUGCCGGAACCCAGUGAGCAUAUCUUUAGGAUGGUUAAAGGAUGUUAUGAAGUGUACCCGUCGCAAAAACACGUCGACAGUGGAGAUAAGCCGACACAUUUUGGAAUUGAUAGAAACCUCUUUUGGCGGGACUACUCGAUUAUGUGGUAUAUGAUAUUGGAUGGUCCACUGAAAUCAUUUUGCUUCCGGAAACUUAGCUUCCUGGAAUCCAAAUUCUUACUGCAUGCUAAUCUUAAUGAGAACCGAGAAAUGGCCGCGCAAAAAAUGGUUCCACAUCGAGAUUUUUAUAACAUCCGAAAGGUAGACAACCACAUCCAUGCCUCAUCGUGCAUGAACCAAAAACAUCUGCUGCGUUUUAUUAAACGUCAAAUGCGCAUCAAUGCGGACACGCCAGUGAUGAUCGAUAAGAAGACCGGCCGACCCAUGACACUAUCGGAAGUCUUUCAGAGUAUGAAUCUAACGACAUACGAUUUAAAUGUGGACCGCCUGGAUGUGCAUGCCGAUCGUAACACAUUCCAUCGGUUCGAUAAAUUCAACACCAAAUACAAUCCCAUUGGGCAGAGUAUGUUGCGUGAUAUUUUCAUCAAAACGGAUAAUUAUAUUAAGGGGAAGUUCUUUGCGGAAAUCCUCAAGGAAGUGAUGGCGGAUUUGGAAGAAAGUAAAUAUCAGAAUGCUGAACUGCGCUUGUCCAUUUAUGGCCGGUCUAUCGAUGAAUGGGAUAAGCUGGGUAAAUGGGCUGUGGAUCAUGGCGUGUGGUCGCCCAAUGUGAUGUGGAUGAUUCAGAUUCCUCGACUUUAUGACGUAUACAAGGAGAAUAAAUUGGUGAACUGUUUUGCGGACGUUCUGCGGAAUAUUUUCCAGCCGUUGUUCGAAGCCACAGCAUAUCCAGAAAGGCAUCCUGAACUUCAUCAGUUUCUUCAUCAUGUUGUUUCCUUCGAUUCAGUGGACGAUGAGUCCAAGACCGAACAUAUUGCUUUCUCAAUGAACGUUCCUACUCCGGAAGAAUGGACAAUGGAUGAAAAUCCUCCGUACACGUACUACCUUUUCUACAUGUACAGCAAUAUGGUGGCAUUGAAUAAUUUCCGGCGUGAGCGCGGCAUGAAUACCUUUACACUGCGGCCACAUAGUGGUGAGGCCGGACCGGUGAACCAUCUGAUUUCUGGAUUUAUUUUGGGUGAAAGUAUCGCUCAUGGUUUGAUGCUGCGCAAGGUUCCGGUGUUGCAGUACCUGUUUUAUUUGGCCCAGAUUGGCAUUGCCAUGAGCCCUCUAAGCAAUAAUUCCCUCUUCCUCGAUUACCAUCGGAAUCCACUACGUGACUAUUUUGUUCGGGGAUUGAAUGUCGCAUUGUCAACGGAUGAUCCAUUGCAGUUUCAUUUUACUAAGGAGCCUUUGAUGGAAGAAUACAGUAUUGCUGCGCAGAUUUGGAAACUGAGCGCUACUGAUCUCUGCGAACUGGCUAAGAACAGUGUGUUACAAAGUGGCUUUUCUGAUAUUGUCAAGCAGCACUGGCUGGGUCCCAACUUCAAAGCCGAAGGCGUCCAAGGAAACGAUAUCAGUCGCACCAACGUGCCGGAUGUGCGGGUGGCAUACCGCUAUGAAACCCUCCUGGAUGAAUUGACCAAUGUCUUCGAAGCAGUCUAUAAUGACAACGUGUGAGCCCGUCCGAGUGAAGAUGCUCCAGUUGAUUUUGAUAUUACGUUUGCUUGACUAAAGUGAUAUAUAUUUUAAAAUAUGCGGCUUUGCUUUCCGUGGAGAAUCGAUGCAACUAUCUUUAGUUUCUUUCAAAUUUGUAACUUUAAUGGAUAACAAUCACUUCGCUAUCAACGCAAUGAUUGGAACUGCAAAAAUGGUGAUUGUCAGUGAAACAUCAAAAAUUAGUCUUCAUCA